AUGGCUCAACAAGAAAUUUUUGAAGUUGUGGCACCAGUUUCAGUAGAAAAAAUCUAUGGGAGCGAGGGAACAGGAGCGCACCAAGACGUAAAUGUGUGGAGGGCUCAAAUAGAUUCCAUCCCUCAAGGUGUUUAUAUGAUCGGGGAUGUUGCAUUUGGAGCGCAUACGUCUUCCUUUCCUCUACACGCUGUGGUUCUGGUGAAGCCCUUGUUCAAGUAUGACCAUCUUGGCGACAUUAUCAAAGCUCCAUGUUCCUACGAGGAAAUUUGGACCGGCAAGGGGUCUAGGGGUCGACAGGAUGGCUCCUUUUGGCGAGUGCAUGCUCCUCCAGGCUAUGUAGCCCUAGGUGAUGUGGCAUGCAAUAACUGGUCUCAGCCGACCCCUGAAUUUACCUCCAAGUAUGCCUGCAUCCGACAAGAUUUGCUUUCUGCCCAUGCUGAGCUGUCUUCUCCCGCUUUGUGGACCGAUAGGGGCUCCAGAGCAGUGCGAGAUGUUUCUCUAUGGACAGUGCGAGGCUUUUACCAGUCGACUGGAUGCUUUAAAGCCCAUAAAGCUCACCAGAAACCAAAUUUGGAAGUAUUCACUCUACCA